UGCGAUCGUAAUGAACACAUGCAAACAAUGGAAAAGACAAUGAAUAUUAUUAUUAAAUUUGAUUCGCACACCGACCCGGUCUCCGGUCCUUUACCUUCUUCUUGAUAUUGGCAUUGUUUUCUCCAUGAUUGGAGUAAACUCCAUUAACCUCUCACAGUCACACUGCGUCGUCGUUUCCCUUCUUUUCCCACAUUUUCUUUCCUUUUCUCUCUCUCUCUCUCUCUGACCCUUUUGUAUAUAUAACCAAUAGCAGAGCAUCCAACUGCAUCACAGAAGAUGCCAAGCCCAGUUUUGAAAGCUGGAAGCAGACCGCCAUGGGUGGGUUUGGGAGCUGCAGUUUGGGCCCAAAUUGCUGCUGGAAACGCCUCUACCUUCCCACUCUAUUCCCCUCUGCUGAAAUCCGUACUGGGUUUGAAUCAGCAGGAGCUGACGAUACUUGGAGUGGCCAGUGACAUUGGAGAGAGUGUGGGUUUUCUUCCUGGAAUUGCCUGCAACAAGUUCCCUCCUUGGGCUGUGCUUUUGGUUGGUUGUGGGUUUUGCUUCUUGGGUUAUGGUGUUCUCUGGCUUGCUGUUAGCCAAACUAUUGCCAGCAUGCCUUUUGUUGUGUUAUGCAUCACACUUUGCAUUGCCACAAAUAGCAAUGCUUGGAUAGGCACAGCUGUGCUUGUAACCAACAUGAGGAACUUCCCUCUCAGUAGAGGCACUGUUGCUGGCAUUCUCAAAGGCUAUAUUGGGCUUAGCGCUGCAGUCUUUACAGUGGUAUACAGUAUGGUGCUUAAGAAAUCUGCUUUGAAUCUGUUGUUGUUCCUUGCUCUUGGGAUUCCUGUUUUGUGUUUAGCCUUGAUGUACUUUAUUCGUCCAUGUACUCCAGCUUCUGGAGAAGAUUCUUCGGAGCAUGUCCAUUUUCUCUUCACCAUAACUGUCAGUGUUUUGCUUGCAAUCUAUCUUCUCACAGUCACAGUAAUAAAUGAGAUAGUAACUCUUAGUGAUGCUGUUUCCUACAUUUUGGUUGCGAUAAUGGUUAUCCUUUUGCUUUCUCCCCUUGCAAUUCCGUUGAAGAUGACAUUAUUUCCUGCAAGGGCACGAGCUGAAUCUUCGGACCAUCUUCCUCUAGGAGAAGGCAAUGCAACCCAAGCAGAUCCUUUGUUGACACCAUCCUCAUCAGCUACAUACCUUGGAAGUUUUCAUGAGGCUGAGGAUUUUUCAGAUGUCGAAACACUUCUUGCUAUUGGGGAAGGGGCAGUGAAGAAGAAAAGGAGGCCUAAGAGGGGAGAGGAUUUCAAGUUUCAUGAAGCUUUUAUAAAGGCGGAUUUUUGGCUUCUUUGGUUUGCAUAUUUUCUUGGGGUCGGUUCAGGAGUAACAGUACUCAAUAAUUUGAGCCAGAUUGGGAUUGCAUUAGGCGCUAGUGAUACGACAAUACUGUUGUCUCUCUUUAGCUUUUGCAAUUUUGUUGGUCGUCUGGGUUCUGGUGCUGUUUCUGAACACUAUCUCAGAACGAAAACAAUUCCUCGCACAUUCUGGAUGGCAUGUGCACACAUAUUUAUGCUUGUAUCAUUCGUUUUAUAUGCGUUAGCUCUCAGUGGUACUCUCUAUGUUGCAACUGCUCUGUUUGGUAUCUGCUAUGGGACUCAGUAUUCAAUAAUGGUUCCAACUUCCUCUGAACUUUUCGGCUUGAAACAUUUUGGUGUAAAUUACAGCUUCAUGGGACUUGGCAAUCCUAUUGGUGCAAUACUUUUCUCAGUUCUACUAGCUGGUAAUGUAUAUGAUGCUGAAGCUGCAAAGCAAGGAGGGUCCACCUGCAUAGGUUCUAGUUGUUUCAGGCUCACAUUUCUAGUUUUAGCCGGCGCCUGUGGUUUGGGGACAAUCUUGAGCAUAAUUUUGACUAUUAGAGUACGACCAGUUUACCAAAUGCUUUAUGCUGGGGGUUCUUUCCGUCUGCCUCAAAAUUCAAGCCACUAAUGAUUGGAGAUGUUAAUAUCUGAUAACAUCAAUCCAUACACGUUUGUGGAAGCAUGCUCCAAUAAAUUUAUUCAGAUGACUAGGGAAUAUUUGCGGCUUCAAUCUACUAUAUUAUAGAUACUGCAAUUGCUGAGAUUUGAGCUAUGAGUUGCCCCCCAAGUUGGCCUUUGUUGGCCGUGUGCAAAUGGCAGAUUAAAGAAGAGUCAUUUAGUUUCUUUUGUAACUAGUAAACAAAGUCGAUGGGGUAUGAUUUUGAAUUUGAUGUGUAUUUAGAAUUUAUAUAUGUAAUGUUUCCGAUGAGCUAAGAAUAUGUUCUCUUCAGAAGUAUUCAGGCAGGAUUUUUGGAUGUGCAACCAUUUCCCACACGGAAUGCUACAUUGUUUUGAUGCUACAAUACCAUAUUGGCUGCCUUUUGAAAUGC